AGCAUGUUUGAGUGUCAGUUAUGUGGGCAGCAAUGCAGUACUCCAGUGGUCUAUGUGAAGCACAUGAGGAUUCACAGCAAUACCCCUAACUUGUUUCUUCAUUGUUGCAUGCAGGACUGUAACAGGAAAUUUGCUAAAUUAGCAGCUUUAAAAUCACAUCUUUACAGACAACACAAUGAGUGUGUGGUGGUGCCUAGAUCACAUUUGUACCCAGCAGUAGACCUUGCAUGCCAUGUUGACUUGUGUAGUGUCAAAUGUGAUACACUAACUCAGUUUUAUUCCCAUCUUAAAGUUCACAUUAAAGAGGGACGAAGACUGACAUGCCCCUUUAAGCAGUGUGAUCAAUCAUUUUCAGUGAUAUCCACCUUUACCUCUCACAUAUCAAGGAAACAUAAAAAUUCAACAGAGGUAAACCUAAAUGAAUCCAUUGUUGCCACAUCACUUGUGACUGAAGCUGGAAGCUUUCAAGAUAUUGACAGUGAUAUGACAUCGGGAGAACAUACUGGUGUAGUUGGAAAUAGUGAGAAUUUGGAGGUUAGUCCAGAAAAUAUUGACGAGACAUUAUUUUUGAAGAAUCUUGCUCUCUUUUAUCUGAAAUUACAGGCUAAGUUAUUGCUUCCAUCUUCAGUCGUUCAGACUAUCAUUGAAGACAUGCAGUCAGUUUAUGAUGUCAACCAGUCACAUCUACUUUUCAAACUAAAUGAGAAAUUGGUUGCACUUGGGGUUCCAGAGGCUUCCAUUAAUGAUGUCAUGGACAGUCUGAAAGCAGAUGAUCUCUUAAGAGCAUGUAAUAGCCACACACUAAAAACAGACCAGCGCAGGAAAACAGUGUUCAAGAACAGUUUUAAUUAUGUUGAACCUAUGCCCAUUUGUCUAGGACAUAAUGAAGCUGGCAAAGAGUGUUUUUUACAGUAUGUCCCUGUAAAACACACGAUUGAAGCCCUUUUUCAUUGUGAGACUGUGUGGAAGCAGUACAGAGAAGUUCACAGCCGUAUCCAGUUGAAGGAUAUUUUUGAAGAUGUGUGGGAUGGUGAAAACACCACACAAAACUUGGCCCAGACAGAAAGAUCAUCUUUAGGCUUGAUACUUUAUCAAGAUUCAUUUGAAGUUGUUAAUCCCCUGGGGUCAGGAAAGAAAAAACACAAAAUACUAGCUAUGUAUCUCACACUUGCAGACCUACUGUCACACAACCGGUCAAGUAUUGACCAGAUGCAACUGGUUUUUCUUUGUAGAGAACAAGAUUUCAAGUAUUUUGGUCAGGAAUUGGUCAUGGGAUGCUUGAUGAAAGACCUUCAAGACCUUGAGACUAAUGGCAUAAUGCUACCUGAUGGACAAGUAUGCAAAGGGAUCUUGCGAGCCGUUUGUGGAGACAACCUGGGUUCACACAACAUCGGAGGUUUUCUUGAAAAUUUCAGUGGCAGUAGGUACUUCUGUCGAUAUUGUGAAAUUGACAAAGAUGUGUUUCACACAGAUCCUUUGUCCAAAGCUAACACUCGGACACCAGAGUCAUACCAAGAGCAUGUUCAGAACCUUGAGGAGCAUUCUGUUCAUAGUGGAGGUAUUAAAUUUGACUCCUUAUUCAACAGCCUUUCUAUGUUUCAUGUAUGUCAACCUGGGUUGCCUCCGUGUCUUGGGCAUGAUUUGUUUGAAGGUGUUGUUGCCUCUGAUCUUGCAUUGUGUAUCCACCAUCUUGUCACAGUUGACAAACAGUUCACUUACACUGAAUUAAAUCGGAUGAUUGAUCAGUUCCGAUAUUUAGGUAAUGAUGCAAAUGACAAACCUUGUGAGGUGAGGCCAGGAAGUGAUAGACUGAGUGGCCAUGCUAUGCAGAACUGGUGCUUACUAAGACUGUUACCACUGUUGAUUGGAGAGAAGAUUACAUCUCCUGCUGACAAUGAGAUAUGGCAACUGGUGUUACAACUAAGAGAAAUUGUGGCAUUGAUUUGUGCACCAGCAAUUUCUGCUGACCAGGCUAUUUAAGGGUCCUUAUUGAAGAAUAUUUGCAUUCCAGAAAACAAGCCUUUCCCCAUCAUCGGCUUAAACCUAAGCAUCAUUACAUGAGCCAUUAUCCAGAGCUCAUCAUUCAGUUUGGUCCACUUAUUCGUUUGUGGACUAUGAGGUUCGAAAGCAAGCACACAUAUUUUAAACAGUGCACAAGAAAGCUGCGUAACUUUAAAAAUGUGUGCUCAAGCCUUGCAGAAAGACACCAGCUUUUACAAGCAUAUCUUAGUGCUGGCAAUCUCUUCCCACCAUCAAUUGUAAUAGAAAAGGCAACUGAGUUUUUUCCAUGUGACUACAGUGAUAGCAUCAGGGAAUCAGUAGCAAAUUAUGAUUUUGGCCCUGAAAAUACUUUGAUUGGUCAUGAAGUAAAUGUAAAAGGAACCAAAUACAAAAAAAAACAUGUUUGUUGUUAUCAGUAACAAUGAGGAUGGGCUUGAAGUUGGUAAGAUUAUUAUGAUACUCAAUCAUAAAAACUCUGCAGUCUACUUCGUCGCUGAAAUGUAUAAGGCUUUGUGUCUACAUGAUGUAGGUGUUCACUGCAUCACACCAAUCAAGGGCUGUUACUACUGUGUGAACCAGGAGGACCUACUGGAUUAUUACCCUCUACCUCAGUAUGCAAUUCAUGGCAUGGCACUUAUUGUUCUUCACCAUUCUUUUCCCUCUUUGUAGUGCAAUGAGCAUUGUGAAUGAAGAUCUGAGAGGUAUCAUCCUCAGAACGUUGCCAACAAUUUCCAAAGACACUCUACAGGCAUUGAUAGACAAGCUAUUAAACUCUGGUCUGGAAUCUACACAAGACCUGAAAUAUGUGAAUCAAGAAGAUAUUACUGACCUACUGCCGGCCAUUCAAUUACGGAAGCUUCUGGAAGCAUUUAAAAAAGAGACAGAGAUGGUCACUUUGGACCUACAAAUUCUUACUUCCCCUACACCAUCAGUCAGCUCGCCUUCAGUCCUUCCUUGCUCCAGUGCAUCAAGUGGACUCUCAAAUCAAGAAUCUAGCAGCUCAGAAGACUGCGGUCCAUCCUCCCAAAUCAAAAAGGCAUGGCCAGAGACAUUUCAGAUUCCGUGGACUGCAAUGCCUAUGGACAUUCGUUCAGCAGUGGCUGAUGGCAAGAGACCUUCACCAGCAGCACGGCGACAAAUGGUCAGAGUUUUGGCAGAUGAGAUGAGGAAAUAUGAGCUAAACCCAACACGUGGACAAUGUGUCACAGUAUGCCGAAAUAUCAUCCGCCAGUAUCCUCAAAGUUUUGCUGAUCUCUGUGACAAUGGUCAGGUACUAGGAAAUGGUUAUACCUCACUGUUAAUUCAAAUUAAAAACCGAAUUGAAAAUCUGAACCGCACCACCAGCUUUCGCCAACACCGUUCAUCUGGUGAUGGACUAAAGAGAGGGCCUACUGAUACAUAUGGCUGCACCAGAUUCCAGCCUGAUCUCCCACCAGAGGAGACCGAUGAAAGUGUAGAGCAGAAGCGUCAGCGGCUGGAGGAGAUAUACCGUCGAGAUGGAAUAAAUGGGGUUGAAAAAGCAGAAGUUAGGCAACUUAUGGAAACAACCUUUUGCCUCCAGCGGCAGCAAAUAAACAUAUUACCAUCACCCACCGUCGCUGAUAUAAGAAAGCAGUGGCCAUACCUUUUCACUCAGAAAGGGCUUUAUGCUCAUUUUGAACUUCUGACUGAUAUCAAAGUUAUGCGUGCACUUGAGCUUGCCAUGGAAGAGUGUGGAAGAGCCAUUGUGGAGUUCUUCAGCAGCAAACCCACCAAUGCAGAUGUCAGGACUGUCAUUUCUCUGCGGCCAGACCUCGAGCUUUCCUUCUGCAUCAUCCAACUUCUCAUGGCUCACUUCUCUGAGACUCAGGAAGGGCUGAUACUUUUUGCAAAUGCAUCUUCCACUGCAGCUGAUGUAGAAAGGACACUUGAACUACCUUCAACUCCUCGACUGAUACUCUUUGGUGAAAAACCAGGAAGCUGCAUUCAUAAAUGGAUGAUUAGUUUUGAGGGGCAAAUACUCUGUGAGGGCAUCCAGCCAAGUUUUCUGUCUGGACUUGCUGCUGUGUUUUCAACUUUCUACAAUUUCAAUGUGGAGUACCAAGCUGAGGCUGCAUCCACGUUGGAAUUCAUUCAGAGGCGCUUCAUUGGAAUAAAUCCUGAAAAAGGCACCAAGGGUGGACAAGUCCUAUCAAAGCGGACAGGGAAGGUCGGCCACAGAAAAAAAUCAGUCAACACUCGGGCUGCCAGUCUACUUAAGAAACUAAUGGACUUUGAGUGGGACUUCAUAUAAGUUAACUUACUCAUCCAGUGACAUACCACACACACACCGUACACAUACUCUUCACACAUGACAAAAACAUGUUUUUAGUGUGUUUAGUCGCACAAUUUUUUCAGGUGUUCAUUCUUGAAUACCUACAUUUUGACUUCAUUCAUCAUUGAAUUCUUUCUUCAUUCAGUAACUCUUAUUCACUAAUAAUUUAGUAAUUCUUAUUCUCUCAGCAGUUCGCUGAGUCACUCAUUUAGUUUUUUCAAAUGUUAUGUACAUUUUUUGUUUAUUCAGUUAAACGAAAGUUUAUUCUGAGGCUUAAGUUUUAGUCAUUCCACUUGCAUCAGCCACUAAUUUUGAGAAUAUUUUGUGAUUUAAAGUGGCUUUUUUUCCCCAAGUUUUCAGGUUUUAAUAAAACAAAUCUGAAGUUA